GAUGAUAAAAGAAAACAAUGGUGAUGAUGGUGAUGAUAUGAGAAGAAUACACAUUUGGACCGUUACACUUGUUAAAAAGUUUAAUUAACGUAGGGACUUUGCCUCUGUAUGAAGGCACACGUGGGGGCUUUUCGUGACCUAUGUGGGGAUAUUUGGACCCAAAACCAAUUUUCGAGCUGGCACCAUUGCAGGCACAGGCAGCCGUUGUAAAGGCUCACCCUCCCGCAACACCCGCCUCCGCCGAUUUGCUUCGUAAAUAAAACGAGACUGACUACCCCGGUGAACAGCCGCCCCCAGAGAGACCUUCAAGGCCCAGCCGAGAAGAAAUGACCUGCUACUCACAAGUGAUAGAAGACCUCUCAUGGAAAUAUUUACGCAUGUAUCCUGUGAGGGACAUUGCAUGGGAGAGUUUCAAGAACAUUCUUACUCCAAUGGAGUGUGAUUUGUCAAAAUAUUUUCAACAACAAGUCUUUGACUGCUCGGUCAAUCAUCCAGUGGCUGAGAGGUUCCCCCCAACCAAGGCAUACACACAGCUGUUUCUCAAGACAUUAAUUGAUCAGAUUGAAAGUUGCAAUCAGGAAGUGUAUGAAGAUUUGUACUGCACCUACACAGGAAUGCUGUCUAAGGAAACCCAACAAGAUUGUGACUUUUGCUAUAAGACUUACAAGCAAAAGUCAGGAAUCAUAACAUUGAAGGAGACUUGCAAUAUUGUUUGUGAUGGGACAACAGGCAUGAGAACUUGGGAGGCCAGCCAUUUUCUAGCUGAAUGGUGUUCUGAGAAUGCAAGUUAUUUCCAAGGAAAGAGUGUCCUGGAGUUGGGGUCUGGUUUGGGACUGACAGGUUUAGCAGUUGUUCAGAAUUGCAAACCAUCAUCAUACACCUUCACUGAUGUCCAUGAUUCUGUUUUGAAGACAUUACUCAAAAAUGUGAACAUCAACUUAUCCAAUGAGUCUCCUCUGUCUUAUAAUGCAGAUGAUGGAAAAUAUGCAAAUGAUUUGAGCGAGAACUUUCAAUUAAGUUAUCAUGACACAAGUGUGCAGAUCAAAAAACUUGACUGGGCAUGUGAUACCUACGACUCAGAUGUGGAUAUUGUUGUUGCUGCAGAUGUAGUGUAUGAUCCUGAUGUUAUACCUCACUUUGUAAAGAUAUUGAAGGAUGUACUCUGCAGAAAACCUGGAAUGGUAGCAUAUGUUGCAAGUACAGUGAGGAACCCAGAUACCUUUGCUUGCUUUCGAAAUGAAUUAGAAUCCAAAGGACUUGUUGUCACAACAGAAGCUGAACAACAGCACCAAGACUCUCCUUCACAGCCAGAAGUAUCCAUAUCUUUACUUAAUAUAAAAUCACAGAUGUAAAGUUCACUAAAGGAUUUUAUCAUCAUCAUUAUCAUCAUCAUCAUCAUCAUAAUCAUCCAAAUUUAACUGCUUGCUCGGUAAUGUUUAUUUUUUAGGAAGCAGGGCUUGUUGCUGAGGCUCAAGAAACAAACAAAAAAUAAAAAAGGGUAAAAAAUAAAAUAAAUAAAAAUAAUUGAAAAUUUUGAAAUGCUAUUCAGUAGAUUACAUCAUCUAUACACUCAGCCACCCGAAGAACUGUCAAAGAGAUACUUUUCCUAUUGAACUUGGUUCAUUUUCCUAUUUUGGGAUUCCUGAAUACAAGUUGUUGUUUGGUACCAAAUGCCCAAACACAGUACCUGCUGGUUGGAAAAAAUAUAGUUUACCCAUUGCUCAUAGGUUUUAAGGUUUGUGUCUAUUUGUGGUAGCUAUAUACGACCAGUGAGUGCCGAAUGCACACGGGCCCGUAUCUACCUCAUGAACAGACACUUACUGAACUUGAACUUGGGAGUCACCCAUGACUGUAUUUUGCUUUUAAGCAUCUCUAGUAUAAUUUGAUUUGAUGUUUUUCAAGGUUCCAGAGUUCGGUGCUGCAACUGGAAGGUAUAACACAAACAAGAGAAAUGGUUAGACACCAAUUUACUUUAAAGAAAGUAAACCCCAAACAGUCUCACAAAAAGAACUGAAGUCUCCAACAUGAAGGCUUCAGCACGCUGGACUCAGGGAUGAUCCUUUGCACGGCUUCUUCCUUUCUUGCGUCCCAUCCUCUGAGUGGCAGUGAUGAGGCAGCACAGCUUCGUCCUUGAAGUGGUGUAGAUGUGGUGGACGAGGGAGGCGCAGGAGGAGAAAGGGGCGUCAGGGUCACAGUAGUAACGGGAGUCCGGGCGUGGAGAGGAGUAAGGUGAGGGCACCCAGAACAAGCCCACGGUUCCAAGGAAACCCGAAUGAAAAGGAGAGCUGAAGCCAGCAGAAUCAAGUGCUCAGGGCGAGGCUCAGCUGCUGUCUGCUGAAGGAUGCACUGGCUACCCACCACAUCGCCUUCCCUGGCGGGUUGAGAAGCCCCGGUGGUUUGUAUGUCCGAGACGUCGAACGACUUCAGGCGAAUGGGCAGCGGGAGUGUAGCAGGAAGUUUGCUGUGCCUCGGUAGUUGUUCGCGGUGUCGAACGGCUUCAGGCGAACAAGCAGUAGGAGGGCCCCGGUCGUUUGCCGCCCAGUUGGUAGUUGCCCUCACACUGUUAGAUGGGUAUUAAUUCUGAAGGUGUGGUUAUUUCGACAUCUGGUCUUAAAAUAAGUACUUUACACCCACAGUGCUGCAGAAGGCAAUGCCAAAACAAAAAAAUUGGUAAACAGAGUAAAGUGUCUCCGUUGUGAACUAAUAGCCAAUAUGGUCUAUUGUGUACAGCAUUCACAUUUUAACCCCCUAAAGGACAUAAAAAAUCUAAUGGGUGCCUCCAGAGAAUGCAAAAAAUAUCCAUUUUCAAGUACAUUUCUCAUAAAAACUCAUUUAACCCAUUCGUGGUUACCUAUGUUACAAUCCCCUUGGUCACGAAAAAUGGAAAACUAAAUUUUUGGCCUAAUGAACCCAAAAAUAUCUCCACAUAAAGAAAAUAACAUGGAAAUUUCCUCCUUACCUUUUUUUAAAUGCCCCGCCGGCAUUUAACUGGCACCUGUGGCAUGGCGCUGCAAGACUUAAUCUCACCACUGAGCUAUUAUUUUCAACUCCUCUAACAAUUGUUUUUCUUUUGCACAACACUACAUUCUUAUGAUGUUGUAUCACUAUAAGAACACAAUUAGUCUCAAAAUAGUAAUUAUGAACGGGAAACAUAAAAAGGUAAUGUGGCAUUACAAUUGCUUCCUUUUGUACAACACUACAUUCUUAUGAUAGUGUAUGACUAGACUAUAAGAACACAAUUUGUCUCAAAAUAGGCCAGUAAUUCUGAACAGGAAACAUAAAAAUGAAAUGUGGCAUAACACGUGACCUACAGGAUCGGCGGGAAUUCGUUAUCUACAACUCUUGUUCUAUGUAAAUUUUGAUGAAAAAUUCAAGUUGUACCAUCAUCAAGGCAGGUCAGAAGUGGUGUGAUAUGGCGGGUUGCAUCCAUACAUGUGUACUUCAGUGGCUUUGGGACUUUCCACAGCUUUUAGUGCCUGAUUUUGAGGUGGUGCGAUGAGUCCUACGUAUUGGGGUGUCGUCAUCAUCCGAGUUGGACAAUUUAUGAAUGGGAGGGGCAGCUGGACGAGGGCCUGGUGGCUUGAUGGGGGAUGAAGUGAAUCCUGGAGGCGUAAUACCAUCGUCUGAAAGGUCGGAAUCUGAUGAUGAGUCCUGCGGAUCGUCCGCAUCCCAUUCACUGUCACUGGACACGGCAAACUCUCUAGAUAUAUCCAAGAAAGUGUCUUUUAUAAAUCACAACUAUCUGUGUGAAUAAGCCUCUAGGCCUAUGUAUGUGUGUAUUUAGACCUAAGGUUGUCUGUUAGUGUAUUUCAGACACAGAACAAUAGCUAAGGUCACGAGGAAACCAGGGAUAGAAAAGAAAACGGAGGUGUCUGCAUGCGGGACACUCGUCCUUUUCCGCAACCCACCAAUAUUUUCGCCUGUGGGUCACUCGUCCUUUAGGAGUUAGUGUUAAGCCAUUUCUAUGAUUACAGGUUUUUGAGUUCAACUGGAAUAGAUUCAAUUGUAAUGAAUCUGUAGUCCUGUUCUCAUAAAAUGUAUGCAGUGGGUAAAGGAAAAUGGAUUUUUUUGCAAUUAUAGCUUGGCUUUUUGAAAUAGAGAAGUACUUAAUACCUGCCCAACUUUAUAUUCUAUAUCACUAAUAUACUCAUUUAGUGGUAGAGUCAAGCCUUAUGGUGGGAUAAAAACGAUCUUCUCUGUGGUAUAGGUUUUCUUGUCUAAUGAUUCAACCUUGACUUUCCUGGAACCACAGCAGUAGAUUGUCCUCAUACCUGUGGUCUGUCAUGGUAUUUGAACUCAUUAAAAAUUGAGGCAAAAUCUUUCAGAGAAUACAAUGGGAAACCAGGUGAAAAUAGUGUUUUAGUGUAAAUGUGUUGAAAGAAGAAUAGAAAAGUGACACUAUUGCAAGAAUAAGGUAGUUGAUGUGUUCUACAUAGUGUUAGUGAAUCCAUAUUGUUUGAUGAGGGAGUAGCUGCUAUAGAGAUGGCAUAAGCAUGCAGUAUGUAUAUCAUUAUCAUCAUAAUGUUCAGCCAUUACUAUAGUCUGUUUCAUUAUGAAAUGACAGGUGGCCAUAGCACUUUGUUUUUUGCAAAUUUGGCCAAGUGGCUGCUGAUCACUGCACUAGAAACAGUUAGUUUGAUUUAGCCUCUGCCCAGCAAGUGCUUUCUGUUCUUAGUUUCUGAUAGUAUUUGGAAUACUUAUUUUUGUCUCAUUGUAGUCCUUGACAGUUUAGGCAUUAUAAAUGUUCACUUGUAAAAUUACAUGUUUUUUUUAGGUGUUUUGAUAUUUUUUGUACAUUUCACAGUGUGAGUGGAGAGAGCGCUUCCUGGGCAGAGGCUGAACAAACUAACGGUUUCCAGCACAGUGUGGCUGCCACCUGGGCAAUCAAAAUCGAGAUAAAAAAUAGGGGGGGUGCCUGUUAUAUCCCAAUGAAACAGACUGUCAUAGUCUAUACUGCACGAUAAAGACCUUUCCCACUGUCUGAUGUUAGUGCACUCCAUCUUAGUCUGGAAAGUGGUCUGAUUUCAUCACUUGGUUCUCAAUGUCCCCUGACUUCUACAGUUUUUUGGUUGCCACUCUGUUACCCAUUUUUGAUUAUUCAUCUUUGGUCAGUUGUACUAGUGAUAUGACCAGCCCAAGUCCAUUUCUUGUUCUUAAUCAUUAGAAUAUCUUUAAUAUUUAUCUGUUCCCUAAUCCUUGAUGCUUGUUUCCUAUCUCUCCAUGUUAUAUUCAGGAUUUUUCUUCAUUUCUCUUUGCUUGUUUAUUAGCUGUCCCUUUAGAUCUUUUGUGAGGCACCAAGUUUUUUUUAACAAUGCCAAGAUUGGUAGGAUACACUGAUUGUACACCUUUUCCUUCAGGAGUAGUGGAAGGUUGCUAUUCAUUAUAUUAUCAUGUUCAUCAAAA